CGAGAUACUUCAUCAACCCAAGAAAUUCUCAUCAACACUAAUAAAGCACUGUAAUUAAGGAAAAUUUCUAGGAUCAAAUGUCUCAUCUUCAUUCCAAACCCUGGAGCUUCCUGCUCUUCCUUUCACUUUACCUUCUACUACUCCGGUCUGCUGUCGGUGCCGGUCCCAUUAGCCUUAGCCCACUUAAUUCCGACUGCUCCGGCCAAGCAUACACUAACGGCAGCGCCUUCCAAACCAACCUCAACAACCUCUUCUCCUCCCUCAACUCCAAGUCCCCCACCUCCAACUUCUACAACGACACUGCCGGUACCGGUAGUGACCGUGUUUACGGCCUCUUCCUCUGUGAAGGAGACCUCUCCCCCACCGACUGCCAAGCAUGCAUCAAGGCGGCCACCACCAACGUCCAGAAGGCGUGCUCCAAACGCCAGGCCAUCAUCUAUUACGACUACUGCCAGCUCCGCUACUCCGACCACGACUUCUUCGGCAUCAUGGACCCCGACGGCUUCCCCAAGCACAACACCGAGUACGUGUCGGAUCCCGAAAGGCCACUGGACUUCGUCUCUAACCUUAUGAAGGAGGCUCCGUACGGGAAACCGUUGAUGUUCGCCUCUAAUGCAUCGUUCCAAUACCAACUGUUUGCAAUGGCGGAGUGCACCAUGGACAUCACCAGCGCCGACUGCGCCAAGUGCUUGAACACGAUCUUUGAGGAAAUUGAGAGCUGUUGCAGUAACUACCAAGGAUGGCGAUACUUAAGUCCCAGCUGCAGCAUUCGGUAUGAGGCCAUCAGCUUCCUCCGAAACCCAAAAUUUAUACCCUCCGAAAUCGUGGAGGACUUUUGCUCUGACGAAGUGCUCCCAUCAGACGAUGGCAAUUCGCAACAAGACCUCAACAGUCUGCUUUCUUCUCUAUCAAGCCAAGCUAGUACCAGUGGCUUCUACAACACCAGUCUCGGCGUCAACGAGGACUUGCUCUAUGGUCUCGCUCUCUGUAGACCUGAUCUUGUUCCAGCAAGCAACGCAUGCCUGAGUUGUCUUCAAGAAGCGGUCUCUGUUGCCCUCGACGAAUGCCCCAAUAAGACUCAAGCCAUCGUCUGGCACGAGAAGUGCCUCUUGAGGUACUCCAAUCAAAACUUCUUUGGUGCAGUCAGCAAUGAGAUGAAGGUUCUAUGCAGCCCGGUGAACGCAUCAGAGGCAGAGGAAGCAGCCGUCGUUAAAAUGAUGACGAGUCUCGUCGACGAGGCCCCAGAAAGCCCGAGAAUGUUCGCGGCCGGUAAGAUCGAGAACCCCAGCGCCUAUGGACUGGUGCAGUGCACGAGAGAUCUUAGCAAAGAUGGAUGCAAGGAUUGUUUGAGUGAAGCGAUGGGAAACGCGACGACGGCGUGCAAGCAGAAUCAAGGUUGGCGGUUUUUGUCAGGGAGUUGCACGGCGAGGUAUGAGAGCACUCCGUUCUUUGACCCCAGCAUAUUGGCGGCAGAUGCAGCGGCGCCGGCUGGCACGUUGCCUUCGGUCAAGAGCUGGGGGAGUGUUUGUGGGCCGGAUUUUAUGACCCUAGGUCUGCUUUGUCUAUUGGUGAUCAACUUUAUGGAUGGACUUGGGAAGUGGUAGGAAGGUGAUCCAUCCAAUUUAUU